CCCCAGUGGCUCGCUGCGCCCUCCCCUCUGAUCAUGUUGACAUAUUCACACGCCAUGGAGUAGUAGCGAUGCUUUGCUGCAGCGUUACAGUUUCCGACACCUUCUUUUUAUAACUCGGCUCUGUCCCCCUCCACCCGACCUGUCAAAACCACGCCUAUGGAGCCACACAAUUGGUCCGAAAGCGUCAAAGAGCCAAUCAAGUAGGCUCCAGCUCCCCUGCGACCCAUAACACAUCCCUACAAUCUGGUGCACGGGAAGCAGAGCUCACAGGGAAUUCUUGGAGCUGAAAGUCGCUCGCUCUCUCUCCCCUCUGCUGGAGUGUGGUCGGAGCGGAGACCGGGGUGUAAUUCCGAAUAAAAAAGGCAGGGAGAGAGAGAGAGAAGGGAAGGGGAAAGGAAAGAAAGGAGAAGAAGAGAUCCUUAUUGGAAUCAGGGCUCCAUCCGAAGGCUCUGCGGGGAAGGGGGGCGGGGGAAACGGAAGCGAGAUUUCACUGCAAAUUUUGUAGCUGCUGCUUGCUAGGAGGGUGAUCCAGCCAGGGGUGCCUCUCUGUUUUGUGGGGAGUUUUGUUUGUUUUUCUAUCCUCCCCCCUUCCCUUCCCAGGCUCUGUUCUGCAGCCUAACUGUGCAAGGAAGGGAAGGGACCCCCCUACCGCAACAAGACAUUAAACCACAGAAAGAAAACCCGGCUUCGACCCUGCAACCAAGGGAAGGAAAAUAAAACACGCACAGGCUCCAGGAGCUCCUGUGUGCACAGCGGAGACCUCCGUCCGCCGCAGCCACAUCCUUGGAUUUUCUUCUGCUGCUUCUACAUCCUUUGAAAUUGAAUGCAAGAACCUCCACCCGGGGGAAAAAAAAAGCCAUUAAGACUAAUCAGCUGCCGCCACAAGGAGAAGCUGUCCUGAGUGAUUAUGUCUCCUGACUGGGCCGCGUGCAGUGUGUAGUUUUUCUGUUUCAUGUACUCUGUGCCCAUAGAUCUCGCCCCCCCACACAUCCUGUUUGGGGUGAUUUUUCCCCCCAUGAUGUACUGUUAGAAACCACUCCAGGGCUCCUCCAGCAGUAGGAAGGUCCGGGGGGAGUGGAUGAGUAGACCGAUGAGAGAGCCAGUCAUCCCUGGGACAAGCAUGGCUUAUCAUCCCUUUUUACCUCACCGGGCACCGGACUUUGCCAUGGGUGCAGUACUGGGACACCAACCUCCUUUCUUCCCGGCGCUUGCUUUGCCUCCCAAUGGGGCGGCUGCACUCUCCCUUCCCGGGGCUCUGGCCAAGCCGAUUAUGGAUCAACUAGUCGGGGCGGCUGAGACUGGCAUUCCUUUUUCUUCCCUGGGUCACCAGGCGGCAGCUCAUCUGAGGCCUCUAAAAACCCUGGAGCCAGAGGAAGAGGUGGAAGAUGACCCCAAAGUGCAUCUGGAAGCCAAAGAACUUUGGGAACAAUUCCACAAAAGGGGCACCGAAAUGGUGAUCACUAAAUCAGGAAGGAGAAUGUUUCCUCCAUUUAAAGUGAGAUGCACUGGGCUGGAUAAAAAGGCCAAGUACAUUUUAUUGAUGGAUAUUGUGGCGGCUGAUGAUUGUAGAUAUAAAUUCCAUAAUUCCCGGUGGAUGGUAGCCGGCAAAGCUGACCCUGAAAUGCCAAAGAGAAUGUACAUCCACCCGGACAGUCCGGCUACAGGAGAACAAUGGAUGUCCAAAGUCGUCACUUUCCACAAACUUAAACUGACUAACAAUAUUUCUGACAAGCAUGGAUUUACAAUUUUAAACUCCAUGCACAAAUACCAACCGAGGUUCCAUAUUGUCCGGGCCAACGACAUCCUCAAGCUGCCGUACAGCACGUUCCGAACCUAUGUAUUCCCCGAGACUGAAUUCAUCGCCGUGACCGCAUACCAGAACGAUAAGAUAACCCAAUUAAAAAUUGACAACAACCCCUUUGCCAAAGGUUUUCGCGACACCGGGAAUGGAAGGAGGGAGAAAAGAAAGCAGCUGACCUUGCAGUCCAUGAGAGCUUAUGACGAGAGGCAGAAAAAGGAGAACGCCACCUCCGAUGAGUCCUCCAGCGAGCAGACCGCCUUUAAGUGCUUCGCUCAGUCCUCGUCCCCCGCCGUGUCUGCGGUGGGCACAUCCAAUCUGAAAGACCUGUGCCCCAGCGAGCCGGAGAGCGACGCCGAGAGCAAAGAUGAGCAGCAGCUGCCCAGUGACUCCGGCAAGAUCAGCACCACCACAGCGGCGGCGGAAGACCCCCGAGAGAAGGGUGGCAGCCCGGCCAAAGCGCCCUUCUUCUCCCCAGACGCAGCGGCCAGCAAGAGCAGGGAAGGCACCAGCCGGACUGAGAAAGCCCCCCCUGACUCCAGGCACAGCCCGGCCACCAUUUCCUCCAGCACCAGAGGCCUGGGCAGCGAGGAACUCAAAAGCCCCCUCAGGGACGCCCCGAAGGUGGAUGAGUCCCGGCUGCUGAGCAAGGAGCCCUUCGCCCCGCUCACGGUUCAGACUGACAGCCCGGCGCAUCUGAACCAAGGCCCCCUGCAGAACCUCGGCUUCCCCCACGGAUUGGCCGGCCAGCAGUUCUUCAACCCCCUGGGCAACGGGCACCCGCUCCUCCUGCACCCUAGCCAGUUCGCCAUGGGGGGAGCCUUCUCCAGCAUGGCAGCCGGCAUGGGCCCCUUGCUGGCCACCGUGUCCGGGGCAUCGGCCGGGGUCAGCGGACUGGAAAGCACUGUCAUGGCCACAGCAGCGGCUCAAGGACUUUCUGGGGCGUCGGCAGCUGCGCUACCGUUUCAUCUCCAGCAGCACGUCCUGGCUUCUCAGGGCCUGGCCAUGUCUCCCUUCGGAAGCCUCUUUCCAUACCCGUACACCUACAUGGCAGCUGCAGCCGCCGCCUCCUCCGCAGCCAGCAGCUCAGUGCAUCGGCACCCUUUCCUCAGCGCGGUCCGCCCUCGGCUGAGGUACAGCCCCUACUCCAUCCCCGUGCCCCUGCCGGACAGCAGCAGCCUGCUGACCACCGCCCUGCCCACCGGGGCCAGCAGCACCGGGGAGGGCAAAUCGAGCAACCUGGCAGCUAGCCCCGCUUCAGUAGCCUUGGACUCUGGCUCGGAACUCAACAGCAGGUCCUCCACCCUCUCCUCGGGAUCCGUGUCCCUGUCCCCCAAACUCUGUUCUGAGAAGGAAGCGACCAGCGAACUGCAGAACAUCCAGCGCCUAGUGAGCGGACUCGAAUCCAAGCAAGACAGAUCCAGGAGUGGGUCUCCUUAGUGCUGUCCCCUCGCCACUGCACCCCCUUCCGCUCUAGGGGCGGGGGGGGGGAGAGUGGGUUAACAUGGGGGGGGUCCCCUCUAUGGUCUCAUUUCAAAUCACUCUGGCAGUGCACUUUGUCUGAAGGAAGCUUUCUGCGGACCGCGCUGGCUUAUCAGCAAAACGUAUCUGGAAAUGGGCGAAGGAGAAGGGGUGGGGGCCUGGAGGUGGAAGAGCUGGUUUGAAAGCUGCUAUCAAAGCUCAUGCUGAUCACAGCAAUGACAUGUGGGCCAGAGAGGGGGUUGUGUGGGUGGUGGUGAUUUCUUUUCUUCAAUGUGUAAAGCAAGCAAACAUAUGGAUUCAAAAUAAAAUAAGACAAGUGAUUUUUUUUUCUAAAAAAGGUGUAAGUAACUUGCAUAUCAGUUCUUUCAAUAUUGGGGUUUUUUUUGGAGCUGGGUUAUCAAAUAUAGCUCUUGUUAGUCUAUAUUAAGGGAAGCUGUGUCUUUUGACAUAUUCUUGUGAUGUCUCAAAGCCACCUUAUGGCUUUUUGCAUGUUCCAUAGUAGUCCGCUUAGGGGGAGAGGGGGUUGUUUUAUUUUUGGAUGCUUGUUAAAAAUCCCAGGGAUAAUUUU